AUGUUUUUCAACGAAUGCUUAGCUCACGUCUCUUCUGAAUUUGCUCUUUUAGGAGCUUAUACGUGUAUUUUAAUAACAACAUGUGAAUCUUAUUAUAUUUCUUAUUCAUUAUGUCUAGCAAUAUCCAUUUUCUUACAAUUCUUCUUCUUAGUUGUUUUUACAUGUCAUUUAUUAGAGAUUAUCGUUAUAUCGAGAUUGUUAUUGUCCUGGUUUCCAUAUAUAUUCAUUAAUAGGUGUCCACUGUUAACUAUAGGAUGGGGUUUACCAGCGGCUAUUACAAUACUAACAGUAAUUGUGGCCCAUGAUAAUUAUAUUACUUCUAGUGAUAAUUGUUGGAUGAACGUUGAUAACGGUAUUAAAUGGGUAACAAUCAUCCCCAUAGGAAUAUGUGUAGGAGUUCAUAUCUUAUUGUUAUUAAUGGUAUUAGUCGUAAAAGAUAUUCCUUCAAACGUCAGACGACAAGAUGUAAAAAGAGCGAGAAAUGCACUUUCUGCUCGCUGGGCUUCGGCUAUCAUUAUCAUAUUUCUAACUCUGGUUUGGUCUACAGGAUUAAUGGCUACUAAUAGAAACAGUGAAGCAUUUUUUGGAGUUUUCUGCGUGAUAACUAUUAUACUGGGAGCUAUGGUUCUUAUUCUAAGAAUAUCUACCGAAGCAGAGGUUCGAAAGCGAAUUACUUCAGCAUUUACUUCUUCUCCAGUAUUAGUGACUCAACAACCCCUUUGGAUAUCAACCUCAUUCGAUAGCGAAAGUCAUUCGGUUCAUAAUCAUAUGCCAAAAACACCUGUUCGAAAUUCUCCACACCUCACAACUCGAACAAAUUAUUUUUCAUAAUAUACUACGAGA